AUCUCUACCGUCCAAACCAGCAUUAUGCGGCGUUCUAGCCUUCACUUUGGCUAGCACGUAAGGUGGACAUCCGUCUUUAUGCAUGAUCCUCCUUGCGCCUUAUAAAAUGUUAGCUGAUGCUUACUUUCUGCAUCAGAGCAAAGGAAAAUGGCUACCAAAUCGAGGGUUUCCUUUGUUUUUCUGCUCCUUUCUAUACUUGUUUUGUUUGAUGGCUUUGCGUUUGCUUGCAAACUGGACUUAAAGCAAUGCAAACACCAAUGCAAGGUCCAACAGCAAUUCGAUGGGGACCAGUUAAAGAAGCAUGCAUGGAGAGGUGCAAAGACUACUACAGAGAGAAGAAAAAGCGAGAGGGCGAAGACCCUCAUGACUUUAGCAUGGAAUAUUCUGGCAAGAAGCUGACACAAUGCAUGGCGCAAUGUGAGAGGACAGCCGAAGAAGUCAGGCAAAUCUGUCCCCGACGGUGCGAACAGAAGUGGGGAAGAGAAGCAGAAGAAGGCGGAGAUGGAAACACAAAGGAAAAGAAAGAAAAGAAGGAAGAGGAGGAAGAAGAAGAAGACAGCAACCCUUAUGUAUUUGAAAACGAGCAUUUUGACGUUAAAAUCAAGUCUGUAGGAGGAAGUGUCUUUCUGCUUCCCAAGUUCACAGACAGGUCUAACCUUCUACGCGUCGUUGAGAAUCAUCGACUGGGCGUCCUCGUAGUUUAUCCUGACGCCUUUGUCGUCCAAACCACGUGGAUGCUGAUGCUUUGUUCGUCGUUACACAGGGGAACUGUGAGUCUGAUCCUUGAGAACAAGAGGGAGAGCUUCAAUGUGGACUGUGGAGAUCUGUUUAGGAUUCCUCCAGGCACCCCUGUUUAUUUGAUUAACAGAGAUGAAAAUGAGAAGCAUUACGUUGUCAAUCUGAUCCAAACCAUCAAUGAUCCCGGACAGUGCGAGUCGAGGUGGGAAGAGAGGAAUAUCAAUUUUCGCUGCACUCAAGCACUCAGCUGGAACAUCCUUGAAGCUGCAUUGAAGACUUCAAGAGACCAAUUGGAGAGGCUGUUCAUGAGACAGGACAAAGGACGCAUCUUCGGAGAAUCCAGAGAGCAAAUCAAGGCCCUGAGCCACCAUGAAAAAGGUGGUAGUGCAGGCGGUAGCAUUUGGCCUUUUGGAGGUGAGUCAAGGGAUGCCUUCAAUCUCUUAAACCAGCGUCCCUCUAUGUCCAACAACUACGGUGAACUCUUCGAAGCCGAUUAAGUAGACUUCAAGCCCCUCGGGCUUCUUGACAUUAGGGUCUCUUAUGUCAACCUCACCAAAGUAAUCAAUUCCCCCUCCACUCUUUUUUUCUCUGCUUCUGUUUGCCCGUGGAAUGAGGAAAUCAACUUACCAUGUUGUU